AUGGAAUAAAAAUAAAUAAAAGAAUUACUCUUAAGUGGUGGAGCAGGAGCUCUAGCUUUUCAAAUGGGUUACUUACAUGUAUUAACAUAAUAUGUCGGAGUAGAAAAACUUCGAGAAUAUAAAAUAGGAGGAAUAUCAGCAGGAUCAGCAGUAGGAGCAUUUUUUCAUGUAAAAAAUGUCUUGAUGGAGGGUUAGUUUAAGUCAUACCUUAUAAAUAUGAAGAUUCUUAUAAAAUAUUUAUUAAUGUACUUCCUAAAAUCACAAGAAUGUGGCCAAGCUGUUACUGAAAAUAUAUAAAAUAUUGAGUACUUAGAUAUAACAGAAAAUUCGAAUGUGAGAUUUCCUAUAGAUUAUUGGAUUUGGGAUGAAUACUGGUGCGAUGAAAUGUUUGCUAGAGGGCAAAUUGCAGCCUAAAACGAUAAAGAUAGAUUAAUUAAAAUUUUUAUAUGA